AUGACUCACACGAGUGGACAAAAGGAAAGAACUAACGGUGAGGCACGCGUAGGAGAGGAAAGCAACAAAAGCAUUAUUACGAACGAAUUUCCAGCUGAUAUAGACAGCAACGAAAUUUUAAAACUUAACUCAAUGAAUAGUGAGAAUAAAAAAUAUUUUUUGAAUAAUUAUAUAGCAAAAAUAAAAUAUUUGAGUGAAAAUUAUGCUAAACCGAAAUAUUAUGAAAUACUUAAUGUUAGUGUAAAAUCAGACUAUAAAAGUAUUAGAAAAAGCUAUUUAUUAUUAUCGAAACUUUUAAGUGUUAAUAAAAAGCUAUCUAGCGAAUAUGAAGAAUGCUAUUAUUUAAUCCAAAAAUCAUAUAAAAUAUUAACAGACGAAUAUGAAAGAUUUUAUUAUGAUGUUUUGAAUAAUUAUAUGGAUGAAAAUGUAAUAGAGGAAGAAAGGAAAAUAUUAGAGAAGGAAGCUGAUAUUAUAUAUACAAAUAAAAUAAACGAAUUAAAAAACAUAUAUAACAAAAAGCUUAAAGAUGAAAAGGAAAAAAAUGGCUUAAUAAUAGAAAAAGCUUUAUUUGGUAACUUGACAUUAAAAGAUGAAUGUAUAAAUAAUUGUUUCAAUAUUGAACCAAUUACAGAAGAUCAUAUACAAGGGCCAUUUUUAGAUUUAACUAUAAUUUUACAGUCAAGAGUUGAAAAUAGCUCUUUAUUAUUUAAUGAUGACUUUUCUUUUGCUUAUUUUUGUGAAAUUCCAAAACCAUUAAUUAAAAUAAAAAGUGAAACAGAAAAAAAAAAGUAUUCGCACAUUUUACAAGAUACAGAAAUGUAUUUAUAUAUAAAAUAUAAAUUUUUAAAUAUUUAUCAUGAAUUAAUUGUCGUAGAUAGAGCAAAUUAUACAUUACCUGAAAGUGCCCAUAGAGUUUUUGGAAAUCGUAUAUCCGGUCCUUUUUCACCUGUCAAUGUAAUAAAAAUGAAACACGUGUCUAAUUCUUUGAUGGAUAAUAUUUUUCAAUUCUUUUCAAAAAAUAAAUUUUACAUUACUUUAUUUACAACGGUCAUACUUUGUGCUCAGUCCGUUAAGUCUAUCUAG